AUGUCCAACUAUAAUUCAUGUCACACACCACUUCCCUUGCGACUUGAUCACGUCUUUCAGGACAAACGAUUGUUCUCUGAGCCAUCUUACUUUCGGAGUCUCGCUGGGAAGCUUCAGUACCUGCCAAUUACGCGUCCUGAUAUCCAAUUUGCAGUCAACUUCAUUUGCCAGCGGAUGCACUCUCCUACAGUCUCUGACUUUGGUCUCCUCAAAUGCAUCCUUCGUUAUCUUCGUGGCACGUCUGCAAUGGGUUUGCAUAUUUCUAGGAGCACAAAUCUCUUUAUUGUUUCCUAUAGUGACAGUGACUAUGCGGGUUGUAAGGAUACCCAUCGUUCAACAUCUGGUUUUUGUGUCUUGUUGGGAUCAAAUGUUAUUUCUUGGUCGGCUAAGAGACAACCAACUGUGUCACGGUCCUCUACUGAAGCUGAAUACCGAGCUCUUGCUGCUACUGCCUCUGAACUCACUUGGAUUUCCUCUGUUCUGCAAGAUUAA